GAAGUGGCCCCUACAUCUGGUGGGGAAGGAGACGGCCGGUGUCUCUCGGGACUAGAUCCUGCUCAGUUGUCCCUGAAGUAUUUCUCUGUGUUUCCUCGGAUCCUCCCUGAGUCUUUCAGAUCUGCGUAGUGAGGAAACGUCGCCACCGUCAUGGGGGGCGGAGACCUGAAUCUGAAGAAGAGCUGGCACCCGCAGACCCUGCGCAAUGUGGAGAAAGUGUGGAAGGCCGAGCAGAAGCAUGAGGCUGAGCGGAAGAAGAUUGAGGAGCUCCAGCGGGAGCUGCGAGAGGAGAGGGCCCGGGAGGAGAUGCAACGCUACGCCGAGGACGUGGGCGCCGUCAAGAAGAAAGAAGAAAAGUUGGACUGGAUGUACCAGGGUCCUGGUGGGAUGGUGAACCGUGAUGAGUACCUGCUGGGACGUCCCAUUGACAAGUAUGUUUUUGAGAAGAUGGAGGAGAAGGAGGCAGGCUGUUCCUCUGAGACUGGACUCCUCCCGGGCUCCAUCUUUGCCCCCUCGGGUGCCAAUUCCCUUCUCGACAUGGCCAGCAAAAUCCGGGAGGACCCACUCUUCAUCAUCAGGAAGAAAGAGGAGGAGAAAAAAAGAGAGGUAUUGAAUAAUCCCGUGAAAAUGAAGAAAAUCAAAGAAUUGUUGCAAAUGAGCCUGGAAAAAAAGGAGAAGAAGAAAAAGAAGGAGAAAAAGAAGAAGCACAAGAAGCACAAGCAUAGAAGCUCCAGUAGCGAUCGUUCCGGCAGCGACGAGGAGCAUAGCAGGGGCAGAUCUCAAAAGAAGAUGGCACAUUCUGCCCCUGUUUUGUCCAAAGUCCCUGGAUAUGGCUUACAGGUCAGGAACUCUGACCGAAACCAGGGACUGCAGGACCCUUUGAUGGCAGAGCAAAGAGGCGUGCAUCGGAUGAAGAACCGAUCCAGGUCCAGAAGCUCCUCCUCUUCACCCCCGAGACAUGCCAGCAAGAAGAGCGGCAGGGAUGCAGGGCUCCGGGACAGGAGGUCUCGCUCCCCAGGCAGAAGGUCACGGUCCCCAAGGCCCAGCAAACUGCACAACUCUAAGGUAAACAGACGAGAACGAGGCCAGACUAAGAGCCCAUCACCUAAAAAGGAAGUCUACCAAAGGCGACAUGCUCCUGGAUACACCAGGAAGCUCUCAGCAGAGGAACUCGAGCGAAAACGGCAGGAGAUGAUGGAAAACGCCAAAUGGCGGGAGGAGGAGCGGCUGAGCCUCCUGAGGAAGCACGCGAAGGCCGAGGAGCGGGAGCAGCGGCUGGAGAAGCUGGGCGCCCGGGACGGCAGGUUUCUCCACCACAUGAAACUCCAGAGCGCAUCCACUUCCUCCCUGGAGGACCGAGUCAAGCGGAACAUCUACUCCCUACAGAGAACCUCAGUGGCUCUGGAGAGGAACUUCAUGAAAAGAUGAAUACAGUCCCCUCUCACUGGUUUUCCUGAAUUUUCCAGGGAGGCUGCUGACCCCUUCAAAGUUCUCUUUAUAAGAGCUCAGAUGACUUCUUCCACAGAUGUUAAACUACCACUGUUCAAAGUGACUUCCUCCCAUGGACUCCUGAACCAGCUCACUUCUUGGGCGAACCCUUGGUAGAAUCCUGUAGGAGACCCUUAGUAAUGGCCGCUUGGGUACAGAAUGGGCUUUGCCUGUGUCUGUAACCGGUGGUGUUGGACCUCAUCCUGCUGGGAGACUGCUCCCUGGGUUGUGACAGGCCACGUCUGCCCGCGUGUAGACUGCGCGUCUCAGACCCUCUUCAAAAUCACCCCGCUAUAUGGUGUACAAGUGAACAUUUACUUGACUUAGUAGAUAAUGUGACCGAAUAAUGUCAGGCUAGGGAGAACCAAGGCAGUGGCAAACAGUCUGGAAGGGAAAGCAGUACAAAAGCCCUGGAUGAACUGUGAACUCUUUGGUCUUUUGAGCUGAAAACUGUACAUAUGUAUAAAUGUAUGAUUUCUACAUGCUUUUUUUUUUUUAAAUGCUUUGUGAGAAUACCUUGUCUGGUAAAUGCCUUUACUGUUGACCCUUGUUGGUGAGUAACGGGUUAAGGCAGGUCAGUUGUUCUCUCUGAAUCCAGCAGGUUUAGGAGGAGCCGGGUUUAUUGAUGGGAUCCAGAGAUCUCUCCCUUUCUGCUGCUCAGCCUCCGAUGCCGCAGUCUAGUGUGCAGUCAUGAUGUGAGGAGUCAGGAGCAGAUUGUCAGUGUGCUUCCUGGCUCCUAAGAAAAUAAAACGGAAGCUGUUUAUUUCCUGGCCUCUUUUAUCAUGUAGUAGUCUUAGGGUCUGGGCUUUCAGGAGUUGUUUACUAGUCUUUUUUAGUCUCGUGUUUAAAAAACCCACUCAAGAGGCUACUUUCUCGUCUUCACCCUUUCCCUUCUCUGUUUUGACCAGAAGCCCUCGUUUGUCCAGUAAACUCCUAGGGACUCUGAUCCACACCUUGGGUGAGCUAGGUUCUUGCUUUGUUAAUUCCUACUUGUGCUUAAAAUACAUUCGGAUAUAUAUUUCUGAGCACUUACGAUGCCAGGCACUUCCAUGCUUAAAACCCAGUCUUUCCUCAGAGAGAAUGUAACAUAACUCUUAAGUCAUUUCAUCACCUCAUCCUGAUUCCCCAUGCUAUGGCUAAUUAUGGUUUUUAUUACUGAGUAAUAAAGGUUACGUUUAUUUUUGUAACUGUUUAAA